CAUACAAACAGAAAAAAAUACGUAUCUGGCAAAUUUCGUGGGUUUUCAGUUGGAAGAAAAGUGUAUUUGGAAUUUUAUAGAUAAAACAAAACAAUUUUGUUGUAAUGCUGAGAGUAAAAAGCAGCAGAAAAGAACUAUUAUUUUAUUUGUGAACUGUUAAAACAUAAAAAGACGUGAAAAUGUCAUUCGUACGCACCUCGACGGGUGGUAAUGAGUCGGUGCAUAAAUUUGUUGAGGCCUUGCGUGCAGACUUUAAAACACUUUCCCUGGAAACUAAAAAGAAGUAUCCAUUAAUAAAGGAGUCAUGCGAAGAGGCUAUUUCCAAACUGAGUGCAGCAAGUAAUAAUCAACAAACUUCUGUCUACUACACGGUAAACCAAAUUCUGUAUCCGCUUGUGCAAGGAUGCGAAACCAAAGACCUUAAAAUUAUUAAGUAUUGUCUGGGCAUGAUGCAACGGCUUAUCACCCAGCAGGUGGUUGAUCAAAAGGGUGCACGCUACAUAACCGAUGCAUUGUGGAUGCUUAUGGAAAAUAAUAUAGAAGAGGUUAAGGUCCUGCAAACUGUCACGCUCUUGCUAACUACCAACACGGUGGUUCAUGGCGAAACAUUAGCCAAAUCGCUUGUACUAUGUUUUCGACUACAUUACACCAAAAAUUCCACCAUUGUUAACACGGCAGGUGCUACCAUACGACAACUUGUUUCUUUGGUUUUUGAACGUGUAUACUUGGAAAAAAACUCUAUGGCAUCUCUGCAGGGAAUAAAUCAAAAUGCAAAUAAAGAAACAUUGGACACUGAUAACAGUGCUGGAGCAAGUGCUGAAAUGCAGACCUUUGCAGCGGACGCAUUUUUCCUAUUUCAAGAUCUCGUGCAGCUAGUAAAUGCCGAUCAACCGUAUUGGCUUAUCGGCAUGACUGAAAUGACACGCACUUUUGGCUUAGAACUACUCGAGGCAGUAUUAACUAAUUUCAGCGCAGUUUUUCAUGAGAAUAACGACUUUCGUUUGCUACUGAAAGAACGCGUUUGUGCAUUAGUAAUUAAACUAUUCUCACCAAAUGUAAAGCAUCGCCAGCUACCGACGCCCAAUAACGGCAAUACAGCAGUCCCUAACGAUAAACCAUAUUUUCCCAUCAGCAUGCGUUUAUUGCGUUUAGUGGCAAUACUCAUACAGAAGUACCACACGAUAUUGGUCACGGAAUGUGAAAUUUUCCUUUCCUUGAUAAUUAAAUUUCUCGAUCCUGACAAACCGCACUGGCAACGCGCCUUGGCAUUGGAAGUCAUACAUAAACUGGCCACAAAACCAAAUUUAAUCGCUUUCUUUUGUAAAUCCUACGAUUUGAAAAAUCAUGCCACAAAUAUUUUACACGACAUGAUCACAGCGUUGGGCACGUUCGUGCGAUAUUCGUUAAUAAAUGCGGCAGCUUUGCAAAAUGGACAGCUGCCAGCUGCUAAUCAAAAUAAUCCCACAACUGCGCAUAAUGCUGUCAAUCAAUGCGGCUUCAUGUUUCGUGGCGUUUACUUAUCACUAGUCACCAAUUUUGCACCUGGUGUGGCAAAAGCCGUCUAUUUGGAGAUGUUGGAUAAGUUGGAGGCACCCAACAUACCAGACAGUUAUGGCGUUUCUGUGGCUUACGCCAUACUUUUGGACGUAACCAGCUCCAUUGGCUGCGUCAUACAACGAACACCCGAACUGCAACAAGCGAUUCACAAUGCCGAUAUUAUCACAGAAGAGGAGCACAAGCCGCUCUCCGUACAAUUGAUCAACUCCAGUUGGAAUGGCUUACUUUCCGCAUUCGUGCCACUAAUAGAUGCCUCAAUCGACGAAGGCACAACGGAUAACAUACUUAAGGCAAUGCAGAGUUAUGCAGCACUCUGUGGUCUACUGGACCUGCUUGGCCCCCGUGACGCCUUCAUAAUAUCCAUGUGCCGUGCCUCUUUCCCACCGCACUAUGCAGCUGCAAUAUUUGCCAACAAUGCGCACAUGGAUGCAGAUUUGCGUGGUCAUGCGCGCAGCAAUAGCCAAGAUUUGAACAACCAGUUCAUGAACACUUGCAAUGAGGGUGAAUUUCGACAACAAAUCGUGGCUGUGGGUACGCCAUUGCCUAGCGCAUCGCUCCCGCACAGCAUAAUGCAAGCGCCGGUCAUGUUGACCAAUAAAAAUCUGCAGUGUAUGCGUGCUAUUUUGUGCUUGGCGCGCAAUAACGGCAGUAUACUCGGCACAUCUUGGCAUAUAGUGCUGCAGACGCUACAACAUCUGGUAUGGAUUUUGGGCUUGAAGCCCUCUACAGGCGGCAGUUUGCAAGCAUUCCCAAAGCCCGCUGUGGAAGCAAAUGUGGGCAUACAAACGGCAGUUAUGGCCGACUUGCCUGUGCUGUCACAAAUGCUGAGUCAGCUCUUCGAAUCCAGUCAGUGUUUGAAUGAUAUAGCGCUGCAUCACCUGAUCGAUGCUUUAUGCAAGCUCUCGCAUGAAGCCAUGGAGCUCGCUUAUGCCAAUAGGGAGCCCUCCUUAUUUGCCGUCGCUAAACUACUUGAAACUGGCCUGGUGAAUAUGCCACGCAUUGAGGUUCUUUGGCGUCCGCUUACCAAUCACUUGCUGGAGGUUUGCCAACAUCGUCACAUACGCAUGCGCGAAUGGGGUGUGGAAGCCAUUACCUACUUGGUUAAGUCCGCGCUGCAGUUUAAACAUACCGUACCGUUAAAGGAAAACAUGGAGCUGCAAACGAUGUUGCUAAGUCCACUAUCGGAGCUCUCGACAGUUAUGCAUGCAGAUGUACGCCAGCGACAGCUAGACUGUGUGCUGCAGAUACUGAAUGGCGCAGGCGAAAUAUUGUCUUUCGGUUGGCCGGCAAUAAUCGAGAUUAUUGGCGCAGUGAAUGAGCAUCACGGCGAGCCAUUGAUACGCACCGCAUUCCAGUGUCUGCAGUUGGUGAUCACCGACUUUUUAACGGUUAUGCCUUGGCGUUGCCUGCCACUGUGCAUUCGAACUGCCGCCAAGUUUGGUUCACAAACACAAGAGUUGAAUAUUUCGCUUACAGCGAUCGGUUUGAUGUGGAACAUUUCCGAUUUCUUCAAUCAAAAUCAAGAUAAACUAAUGUCGAGCCAAGUGGAGGAGGUGGCUAUAUUGCCGGAUUUUCCAGGCACAGUGAAAAUGCCGCAAUUCGAUAAGCUCUGGAUGUGUUUGUAUGCCAAAUUGGGUGAUUUGUGCGUUGACUUGCGUCCUGCGGUACGCAAAUCGGCUGGACAAACGCUCUUCUCAACCAUUUCGGCGCACGGCAGCCUACUGAAUCCGCCCACAUGGCAAGCAUUGGUUUGGCAGGUUUUAUUCCCACUGUUGGAUAAUGUGCGUGCGCUCUCCAGUUCGGCCAGUAAUGAGAAAGUCGAUGCCAGCGGCAAUAUACUGAUACACCACUCGCGUAACACUGCCCAAAAGCAGUGGGCGGAGACACAAGUGCUCACGCUCUCCGGCGUGUGCAGGGUAUUCAACACCAAGCGUGAGCUAUUGCAGAUGUUGGGUGAUUUCGAUCGCGCUUGGUCGCUAGUUUUGGAAUUCAUCCAAAAUGCUGCAUUGAGUAAAAAUGGCGAAGUCUCCUUGGCCGCGCUAAAGUCGCUACAAGAAAUCAUGUACCAUAAUGCGGAUAAAGCCGCAUCUCUCACGGACGAGGAGACUACACGCGUUAAAGACGAUGAAAUUUGGACGAUUGCUUGGAAUAUUUGGCUAAAUAUUGGCAUUGAGAGCACAAAGAUCACAACGAAAAACAACGACACCCAGGAGGAAUUCUACGUACCCAGCCAGGCAUUUUUAACCGCUUUGAUACAAAUUUUCCCGGCAAUUUUCCAGCACAUCCACCAAAGGUUUACUUUGGAGGACUUUGAAAAAUUCUGCAUUGUGCUGACGAAUGCGGUUUGUAUACCCGUACAAACUGACGCCGUCCCAUAUAUAAUGUCCUCAGUGUCCGACUCGCUACUCACACCAUUGCACGACGGCAUACUCGACUGCAUGGAUCUCAUACAAAAGGAGGCAACCAAAGAGGGCUCCAACUUGAAGCAUAUGAUUCCUGUUAUAUUCCGCCAAUUACUGGUGUUCAGUAAGUUUGCCUGUGCGCCGCCUGCAUACACAGGCGUCGAACAUAAGUACGCUAAGACAGCGAAUCAUUAUACAAACAAUGCUUCCGUGGAAAUGGUCAGCAUGAAUUUCAUACCGUUUGGCGAGAAGUCCAUUAGUAUAUGCGUGAAAUUGUAUCAAAGUACCGCUACGGAGGAGUGCGUCAUGCAUGAAAAUAUUUUACAUGAAAUUAUCAAGGCACUGCGCACUCCGCUCGCCAUGAAGUACAAGUGUCUUUCGUCCAGCACAUGGAAAUUGGCAAUCUCGAGUUUGAUUACCGUCCUACAUACCGGCCUGAAGGUGGCACGCGCCAAACCCAACUAUUUCACCGGCAUGUGGGAUGACUUGGCCGACACAUUUGAUAAAUUUCUCUUUCCUGCAAGCGUUUGUACAAUUGAAGAUCGUGGCCUGGAGGAAAUUGUGCUGGACGAAACAAUUGAUUGUCAGGUCAUCGAACUGUUGCGUGACGAGGUGCUGCCGCACGCUCACGAAAUGCCGCAUCAAUUCAUAAUGCAAAUUGUUGUGCUACUCAACAAAGGUUCCAUACAUUCCGCAUCUGACUCGAAUAUUUGUUAUGAAUCUGAUUGGAAAUUACGUGAAAUCUUCGCUAAGACCUGCUUUGAAACGCUCUUGCAAUUCUCGCUGCUGGACGACACUUGCAACAACAAUCGCAACAGCUUAACGGCGGCAUCGGCAACGGUGGCGGGCAUUAAUGCAACAUUGAAUUCGAAUAUGCUCGGCAGUGGCAAGGAUUUUGCCGGCCGCUUAGCGGUUACUGCUUUGUUACAUCGAUUCCAGGAGGUCUUGAAGCGUUUCAACGAUGACGAACGACAGAGCGGCAAAUGCCCCCUGCCAAGAUUCCGCCUUUCGGAAAUUUCCUUCGUGCUAAAGGCAAUCGCCACAUUAGUCGUCUCUAUGAAAAAAGCACCGCCAUCGAAGGUAAAUAAGCCGGCGUGGGACCAGCUUAUCGGUCUAUAUCCGUAUCUCGUUGACUGUACCACGACGACAUCGCCAGAGGUGUCGCGCUCGUUGCGUGAAGCGUUGCUGCAGUACACAGACCUACUGCAACCACCCAAGUGUCUAAAUACCGAAACUGCAAAUAAUGCGAAAAUACAAAAUGCCACGCAAUCAAAUGGACAAGAAUAAAUGUGUAA